AUGGCCAAGUCUUUAGAGAAAAGUGGCGACAAAAUUACUCAAUUAAGCUCUUCGGUUACCUUUUUCAAAGAUAUAAUUCAUGAUACGAGAAAAGCCAUUGUAUCAGCUGAAAAGUCCAUUGACAUGUUAGAGAAUAAAUACCGGCAUCUGGAGGAUAUUAUUUCUGCUAAAGAUAGAAAAAUUAUCGCUCUUGUUGAUCAGAUCCUUUCCAAUACAAAGCAUAGUGAUGUGACUAUAGAACCUGAAAUAUAUUCUAGCACUUAUGAAAGAAAAUUAUGGGCGAAGAGGCGUAAUGAAUCUGAAUAUGACCUAGAAACCCGGAAAAAAUAUACAUUUCGUCUCACUCAAUAG